AUGGGGAGGUUCAAUUUUAUUGGUGUUGCAUGUGUUGCGUUGUUGUACAUUGUGCAUUACGAGAAGUACUGCAUGGCAGUGGAUUUGAAGAAAUGUUAUAUAGAUAUGAUUUAUCAGUUGGGAGAUUCUUUAUCGGACACUGGAAAUUAUAUAAGGGAGAGCAAAAGUGGAGGUGAGAGUGCAUAUGCAAAGCUUCCUUAUGGUGAAACCUUCUUCAAUAAACCCACUGGCCGGUGCUCUAAUGGAAGACUUGUCAUCGAUUAUCUCGCAGCGGCAUCGGGUCUAGCAUUCAUCAACCCAUACAAGAACAGAGAAGCAGAAUUCAAGAAUGGAGAUAACUUUGCAACUGCAGGAGCAACUGCUCUACCAACACAAUUUUUACAAUCCAAAAACAUUUCAUCUCCAAUUACUACAACUUCUCUUGAUGUACAACUUGAUCUCAUGUUUACUCACUUCAACUCUAUUUGCCUUACAGAUUGCAUACAAUUGCUUAAAAACUCACUCUUCAUGGUGGGUGAGAUUGGCAUGAACGACUAUAGCUAUGCAUUAUUGCAAGGCAAAUCAAUCCAAGAUACAACAUCUCUUGUCUCAGAUGUUGUUUAUGCAAUUCAGAAGGCUAUUAAUAGGGUGAUCGAAUUCGGGGCGGUUCGGAUAGUCGUUCCGGGUAUUUUGCCACUUGGUUGUCUACCGGCUCUCCUCACUAGGUUUGAAACCAAGGAUCCGAAAUCAUAUGACAAAUUCCAAUGUUUGAACUAUCUAAAUAAUUUGUCACAAUACCAUAACUCUGAAUUGCAAAAAGCCAUUCAAGAAGUGAAGAAACAAAAUCCCAAUGUCGCAAUUUUGUACGGCGAUUAUUACAACGCUUACACCGCCAUUUUGCGCAACGCAUCGCACCUAAAGUUUGAUGUAAAGAAUUUGCAAAAGGCAUGUUGUGGGAUUGGAGGGGCAUAUAAUUACAAGUCGAACCAAACAUGCGGAGCGCGUGGAGUUCACGCGUGCGCUCAGCCAAGUAGCUACGUAAGUUGGGAUGGGAUCAAUUUAACUGAAGAGGCUUAUGCAAAUAUUGCUCAGUCACUUGUUGCAGAUAUUUUACCCAAACUCAAUUGCAAGCCCUAA